GGUUGAUAAUCACUUUAAUUUAAAGACGUACUCAUCGCCACAUGAGAGAAGUUCAGGCAGUUAAUGUACAGAGGUGCGAUAGGCAACGUGUGCGUGAUGCGAGUUUAUAUAAUUCUGCUAGUCCUGGCGACUCUAGCCAGCAAUUGCGCGAUCGACUGCGCUCGAAUCCUCGGUCUCUUCCCGCACAUCGGCAAGAGUCACUUCAUGGUCUUCGAGCCUCUGCUACGCGCACUCGCUGAACGCGGCCACCAUGUCACUACCGUCUCCUACUUUCCGCUCAAGAGUCCACCAGCGAACUACACCGACGUGGUGAUCGAAGGUGCCGUACAAGACGGCCUGAGCGCGUUGGACUUAUCCAUUUUCGAAGAAUCUAAUCCGCUCAUGAAAGUUCCUCUCUUAAAUACAAUAGUAUCGAGUUCAUUCGCAAUGGGAAUGAUGGCUCCAUUAGCGUUAGAAACGUGCGAAAGUAUUAUACGUCAGUCAUCUGUGAUAGAAGCCUUAAAGCAAAAAUACGACGUGCUCAUUGUGGAGAACUUCAACAGUGAUUGCAUGUUAGGACUAACCCAUGUUUUUGGUAUCGAAACACCCAUUGUAGGCAUUUCUUCGUCUGCUUUAUUACCAUGGACGUAUGCCAGAUUCGGUUUACCUGAUAAUCCUGCUUAUACUCCAUUAUUAACUACACCAUACACAAGUAAAAUGACGUUUAUGCAACGACUGGACACGUUUAUUUCCAAAUUAUACAUAAAUCAUUUAUACCAUACUAUGGUACAAGUGAGAGAGCGUGAUGUAAUUGAGAAGCACUUCGGUGUAAAGAUCCCGGACUUGGAAGAAAUAGGCAAAAAACAAACGUCAGUGUUGUUGGUGAAUACUUUUCACACGCUCAACGGAGUUAAACCAACUUUGCCAGCUUUUAUAGAAGUUGGCGGAAUGCAUCUAGACUAUUCAAGAAAACUAUUGCCAUCGUAUAUUGAGAAGUUCCUGAACGAGUCUGAACACGGAGUGAUCCUGUUGAGCUUCGGUUCUCUGAUCAAGACUUCCACUAUUCCUAAGUACAAGGAGGAUAUGAUAGUGAACGCGCUGGCUAAGCUGAAGCAGCGUGUCAUCUGGAAGUUCGAGGGUAGCGGCGAGGAGGGCACGCUCACCGGCAACAUCCUAAGAGUCAAGUGGCUGCCUCAGUAUGAUCUGUUACGGCACAAGAAUAUAGUAGCGUUCAUAGCACACGGCGGUCUGCUGGGUAUGACGGAGGCGAUCUCUGCCGGCAAGCCAAUGGUGGUGGUGCCUUUCUUCGGAGACCAGCCUGCCAACGCUGCAGCGGCCGCUGACGCCGGCUUCGCUACUAUCGUGCCUUACAUUGAAUUAACUGAAGAAAGACUGACCAAAGCGUUGGAAUUUGUAUUGAGCCCUGAAACUCAAUUGAAAGCGCGUCGCGUAUCGAGCAUUUGGCGCGACAGACAAGCAGACCCUCUAGAAACAGCGGUAUACUGGACUGAGAGAGUUAUGCGCUGGGGUCACCAUGCGCAGCUGCACUCGCCGGCGAGAGACAUGCCUUUGUAUCAAAUAGCCUUACUAGACGUCAUCGCCGCAUUAGCUGUCGCCAUUUUGAUUUUAUUGGCUUUAUCGUGGGACGAAGAGCGUUCGGAGUUGUGGUAG